AUGGCAACGUCUAGAAUUUUUAUCAAAGGCUUACCGCCUAGCCUAACAGAGGCUGAACUUCGCAAACACUUUUCUGGCAAAGACCGCGAAAUUACGGAUGUCAAACUCAUCCCGCAACGACGCAUUGGCUAUGUUGGCUACAAAUCACCAGAAGAAGCCACAAAGGCUGUCAAGUAUUACAACAAAACAUAUAUCCGUAUGUCUAAGAUUUCUGUCGAACCAGCACGACCUAUCUCAGACCGUGUUUUGUCCAAGGGCGAACCCAGCUCGGCCGCGUCCCAUUCUACCGUGAAAGGUCCUGGGAGCCAGCCGCCUGCUGCGGAGUCCGACUCUGCUAGCAAGAAGAGAAAGCGAGAAGAAUCGGGCAAGACUGACUCGAAGCUCCAAGAGUUCCUUCACGUCAUGGGGUCCGGCAAGGAAAAGCUGAUGGCUGAUGAGACAUCUGUCGAGACAGGCGCCCCGCUAACACUGUCUGGGCAAGGCGGUGUCCCAGAAGGCGAGAGCGAUGACGAGUAUGAGGAGGUGCCGAAGAGACAAGAGAAGCAGCGCAAGGUUGAACACGCCAGUGCCGAAGCUGCCCAACAACGUCUUGUUGCUGCGGCCGGUCCGGUGGUGGCGAAGGAUGCAACCAUGGAAACUGGAGAUGCUCCGAACGACGCCGCCCUUGGUAGCGCAGAAGAACCGAAUGUGGCCGACAAGGAUGCUACCGAUGAUGAUUGGUUGCGAUCGAGGACGAACCGUCUCCUUGACCUGGUUGAUCCCGACGAUUUGCCCAAAUCUCAGCCAUCCUCCGAUGCAAAGGGUGGCCUUACCCAACAGGCUGGAACUGCUGCAGAUGUACUACCAACACACCAUGUCGUGGCUGAGGCAGAGUCUUCUGACACACCCCAGCCCCCUGCAGCCGGCAAAGAGAAAGAGUCUCCUGUUGAGGCAAUCUCUCGAACGGCUAGGCUAUUUGUGCGUAACCUCGCCUACUCGGCAACGGAGGAUGAUCUCCGUGACUGUUUUGAAAAGUUCGGCACUGUCGAAGAGGUUCAUUUACCAGUGACAGCGGCUGGAACCAAAAAAGGCUUCGCCUUGGUGUUAUUCACAGACUCAUCUGACGCGGUUGCCGCAUUCCAAUCCAUGGAUGGCACCACGUUUCAGGGGCGGCUGCUGCAUAUCAUUCCAGCGGAUGCUAAAAGGGACCAUGGGAUUGAUGAAUUUGGAAUGUCAAAUCUCCCAUUGAAAAAGCAGAACCUGAUUCGAAAGAAGAAGGAGGCUGCGUCAACCACGUUUAACUGGAAUUCUCUCUUUAUGAACCAGGACGCUGUCAACGCCUCUGUGGCCAGCCGACUAGGUGUUUCAAAAUCCGAGCUGCUGGACCCCACGUCGGCCGACGCCGCCGUCAAACAGGCCAUUGCGGAAACAACAGUCAUCCAGGAAACGAAGGCCUUCUUCGUAGCCAAUGGUGUGGAUCUAGGCGCAUUCAAGUCUACUAAGCGUGGCGAUACGGCCAUCCUUGUCAAAAACUUUCCAUAUGGCACCACCUUGGAGGAACUCCGCAAACUGUUUGAGGAGUUUGGCCAAGUGCUCAAGGUUCUGAUGCCCCCCACGGGUACUAUUGCAAUUGUGCAAUUCGCCCAAGCAAACCAUGCCAAGGCGGCGUUUGGUAGUCUUUCCUACAGACGAAUCAAGGAUAGCGUCUUGUUUCUGGAAAAGGCACCUAAGGACCUGUUCAUAGGGGAGCAUGCCACGCAGGUGAAUUUGCCGGCGGAACAAAAGGCAGCGAACCAAAAGCUUAACGUGAACGACCUGCUGUCCAGCGGUGAUAAGGCGGAAGAAGAGGUGGAGACGACGUCGCUGUUUAUCCGCAAUUUAAACUUCACCACAACGACUAGUAAGCUAGCCGAAGCUUUUCAGUCGCUGGACGGGUUCCUCUCCGCUCGAGUUAAGACGAAGAUGGACCCGAAAAAGCCUGGACAAACGCUUAGCAUGGGCUUUGGCUUUGCUGAGUUUCGCUCCAAGGCCCAGGCUCAGGCUGCGCUUAAAGUUAUGGAUGGCUACGUUUUGGAGAAUCACACGCUCACCGUAAAGGCUUCGCACAGAGGCCAGGAUGCCGCCGAAGAACGACGGAAAGAAGACCAGGCAAAGAAGGCUGCAGCCCAGCGCACCAAGAUUGUGGUCAAGAACCUGCCGUUCCAAGCCACCAAGAAAGACAUUCGAACUUUGUUCAGUACCUAUGGUCAAUUACGAUCUGUCAGACUGCCUAAGAAGGCGGACUUUACUUCUAGAGGCUUUGCAUUUGCCGACUUUGUAACGCCGCGUGAGGCAGAGAAUGCGCUCAAUGCACUUAAAGACACCCACUUACUGGGUCGACGCCUGGUCUUGGACUUUGCUGAGGCGGAGGCACUGGACGCUGAAGAGGAGAUUGAGAAGAUGCAGCGCAAGGUGGGAGGUCAGGCACAUAAGGUAGCCCUUCAGCAAUUAACUGGAGGAGGGAGAAAGAGAGUAAAUAUUGGCAACGAAGACGAGGAGAUGGAGGAAUGA